AUGCGGCCUAAAAUAACUCGGGUCGCAUUGGCGGCAACUUUUACUCUGUUUCUCGCAUCCCUUGCGACCGCGCUUCCACAUGGUGACGAUGAAUCAAUGGACAUGGAAAUGGAUAUGAAUGCGGGCACCGCUACCCCGCAACCUACAACCACUGUGAUGCAGAAUCACACCAAUGGACCGAUGAGCUAUUUUGCGUAUAGCAAGCACUCUAGCACCAUCAUAGCUCACAUUAUCCUCAUGGUUCUAGGAUGGUGCUUUGUUCUUCCGGUCGCCGUUAUGCUGAGCAUUGCACGCUCAUGGCUUGCGCUUCCGUCUCAGUUCCUCUUUCUGGCCUUCAACGUUCUCGGUGUCCUGCUUGGGGCUGUCUACAACAGCCAGACCCCAGACCUCUACGAGAACAAUGUACACCACAAAUUGGGUUGGGUCGCGACGUGCAUUGUCACCGCUCAGGUCAUCCUGGCUUUGCUCUUUGCCUACGCUGGCCGCGGCGAGUCGAAUUCUACUGCGCCCUCAUAUGAGCACGCUGCGUUCUUCGCUGUCCCGACUGACGACCAUGACCAUGAGCGGGUUUGUCUCACCGACGCCAUGCGCGAGCAUCGCUGGUCUCGCGAUAGUGGCCAGGGCACAGAGAGUAACUCGUCUAUCCAUAGCCCUGGAUCGUCUUGUGGGUCGCCGACUGAAUACGAUGGAUUCGAAAAGCCCGACGAACUGCCCGCAAGGACUCCCCCUCAACGCGGCUGGAUUCAUCGCACGGGCGUAGGUCGCUUCCUGUCCAAGACCGUCCCUGGUCUAAUUCCCGGCCGGGUUCUCCACGUUCUGAAUGUGGUGUAUAACAUCGUUGACCGUGUCAUUCUGCCAUUCGGAUUUGUGGCCAUUGCAACUGGGGCUGUGACGUACGGGGGUAUCAUGCGGAGUCGUGAGAUCUUCAAUGGGCUUGCACACUUCAUCAAGGGUGGCAUCUUUUUCUGGUACGGUAUCCUGACACUUGGACGCUAUGUUGGCUGCUGGGCAGAUUUGGGUUGGGCCUGGAAUAAGAAGCCCUCUGCGUCGAUUGUUGGUUGGAAAGCCAAAGUUCCCUCGGGUGAAGCUACAGAGUCCUUCGUCAUCUUCCUAUAUGGCGCCUCAAAUGUUUUUCUCGAGCACCUCUCCGGUACGGGCAAGGCAUGGUCUGCUACAGAUCUCGAACACGUCUCGAUUUCCGUGCUGUUCUUCGGCGGCGGUCUGGCCGGUAUACUGUUCGAAUCUACUUGUAUCCGGGACUGGGUCAACACCACCAUCCUCCAACCCCCUGCUCAUGCUACCUCGGAUGAAGCCUGGACGCCCCCGAGGUCGCAGGGUGUUUCAUUGAACCCCAUGCCAGCCCUAGUCAUCAUGUUGCUUGGCAUGAUGAUGGGGUCGCACCACCAAGAUAGUAUGACAUCUUCUAUGGUCCACAAGCAGUGGGGUAACAUGUUGGUUGGAUUUGCGCUGGCGCGCGGGAUGACCUAUGUUAUGUUGUACCUCAAGCCACCGACUUCGUACCUCCCGGCUCGUCCUCCGACCGAGAUCAUUGCUGCAUUCUGCUUGAUUUCAGGAGGGCUGAUUUUCAUGAUGAGUACCCGCAAUGUGGUUCAAGCGAUGGAGUACUACAAACUGGACGCAAUGUUCACCUUCACUGUCGGACUGGGCUUCAGUGCUUUUAUCAUGGCUUAUGAAAUCUUAAUGAUUGCCAUCAAGGCCUGGGCUGUGAAGCGCGCCCAGCGCUCACGGCCAGACUUCCGCUUCAAGUGA